AUGACAGCCAAAAAUUUAACAACCGAUCAAUCUGCCCUUCUUCAAUUCAAAGCACAUAUCACUGCCGAUCCUUACAGUGUACUGGCGUAUAACUGGUCCAUUUCUAAUCCAAUUUGCAGCUGGGUUGGUAUUUCUUGUGGUGCUCGCCAUGGAAGAGUCAAAGCCUUGAACCUUUCAUUCAUGGAUCUCAGUGGUACCAUCUCUCCACACCUGGGCAAUCUCUCAUUCCUGGUGAAUCUCGAUCUUAGUUACAACAAUUUCCAUGGCCAUCUGCCAAAUGAACUGGGACAAUUACGCCGAUUAAGAGUCUUUUCUGUCAGUAAUAAUAGAAUAAGUGGAGGUAUUCCGGGCUUUAUCGGUCUCUUAUCCAAACUCCAAAUCCUGAAACUCGAAUACAAUAAUUUCACAGGUACUAUCCCAGAUGUUCUCUUCAAUGUAACUACGCUAGAGGCCUUGUGGGCCCUCGGCAAUAAUAUUCAGGGAAGCAUUUUACCAAAGAUUGCGAAGCUCACCAUGCUGAAAUUUUUCUAUAUGGCAAUUAACUUCCUCUCGUGCUCCAUACCGUGGAGUAGCAUCUACAACAAUUCCUUGCUACAAGAUUUUAGUUUAACCUACAAUUUUAUGUCUGGCAGUCUGCCGGAUGGUCUUUGUAAUCGUCUUCCAAAACUUGAAAGGCUAACUCUAUCUUAUAAUGGACUUUCUGGCCAGCUUCCAGGAAGUUUAGGCAACUGCAGCGAGGCUAAUGUUUAUUCAUUGUCGCACAAUAAAUUCACAGGGCUCAUACCACAAAAUAUUGGAAAUUUGAGUAAGCUUACUAAGUUGGCUCUUCAAAAUAACAACUUAGAAGGUGACACUCCACAAGGGAUUGGCAAGUUGAAGAAUCUGCAGCAUUUAGCUCUUGCUUACAAUAAUUUAACUGGCGAAAUUCCAAAGGAGUUAGGGAAUUUGCAAAAUCUACAUGGUCUAUUUCUAAGUUUCAAUAGCCUAAGUGGUGUAAUUCCAGUCUCAAUCUUCAAUAUUUCAACCAUAAUAAAUGUUAGUCUAGUUGAGAAUAACCUUUCAGGCCAUCUACCAUCAACCAUUGGCCAUGGGCUUCCCAACUUGCAGAGUCUUACCAUAGGGUUUAAUGAACUUACUGGAACAAUCCCCACUUCCAUUACCAAUGCUUCCAAGCUCGCUGUGCUAGAUCUGUACUUCAAAUCAUUUUCUGGGCUUGUUCCAAAUACAUUUGGCCACUUGAAAUUCCUCGAAAGGCUUAACCUUGGGUUCAAUAACUUCACCACUGAAUCACCUACUGCAGAAUGGAGUUUUCUGUCUUCUUUGAUAAACUGCAAGAAACUAAAGGCUCUAAUCUUGGAUUAUAAUCUACUGUAUGGCGUCAUACCACGUUUAAUUGGCAAUUUAUCUGCAAUUCUUGAAUUUUUUAUUGCAAGUAAUUGCAAGAUCAAGGGCAGAAUUCCUACUGAAGUGGGUAACUUGCAUAGCUUGAUAAAUUUAGUCCUUUCAGAAAAUGACUUGAACAGAUUUAUUCCACCAGCGGUGGGAAAUUUGUGGAAUCUCCAAGGUCUAAUCCUGUAUAAAAAUAAUUUUUUGGGAUUCAUUCCUUACGAGCUUUGCAGAUUACACAUGGUAGAUAAACUGUGGUUAAAUGAUAAUAUGCUCUCUGGGCCAAUGCCAACAUGCAUGGCGAAUUUGACUGCUCUGAGAGAUCUGCAGUUAGGCUCCAACAAGUUAAACUCUAGCAUACCCCCAUCCUUAUGGACACUUCAGUAUAUCUUGCAUGUAAACUUGUCAUCGAAUUCCUUAAGUGGUUUUUUAUCUCCAGAGUAUGGAUCAGUGGGGAUUGUGUCCACAAGAGGAGAUGUCUAUAGUUUUGUGAUUUUGUUGAUGGAAACUUUCACGAGAAAGAAGCCCACAGUUGAGAUGUUUGCUAGUGAUUGA